CCGCGGGAAGCGUCGCCCGGCUCGGCUCGGCUGCGCCAUGGGGAAGAAGGGCGAGCGCGGCGCCAAGGAGCGGACGGCCGCCUUGGAGGAGGAGGCGCGCAACGCCGCCCGCCGGGCCGAGCACGGGGAAGAGGAGUACCAGUGCAGCGGUCUCCUGGAGCAGGACUUCGCCGAGCUCUGCGCCCGCGCCGGACUGCAGGAGGUCCCGCGGGUGGUGCUCCGGCCGCACCCGUCGCAGCCCGCCGCCGCAGAGGAAAUGGACCCCCUGGGGGAGAAGGAGGGGCAGAGCAUCUUGGCACAGAUCCAGGGCAAGUACGCCUACUUCCGCCCCGCCAUCCAGGUGGAGCUGGAGCACGAGGACCCCAAGACCACCCGGGAGGUCUUCAUUCGGGGUUGGAGACUGGAAGAAAAAAUGCUGGCCAUCCUGGCCAAGUGCCUGCCAGCCCUCUCUAACCUCCAGGCCAUCCGCCUCUGGAAGGUGGGCCUGACGGACCUCACCUUGCUCUCCUUGAUCUCCAUCCUGCCAACCUGCCCCAACCUCAAGGUGCUGUCCCUAGAAGGGAACCCGCUACCUGAGCGAUCUUUCUACAAGCUGAUUGGUGAAGAGAGCACCUUGGCCCACGUCUCCCUGCGCAACAAUGACAUUGACGACGAGGCAGCCGCUCUGCUGGGGCAAGCGCUCUCAUCCCUCCGGAGCUCCAACAAGACCCUGGUCUCCAUCAAUCUCAGCUACAACCACAUCACCGACGUGGGAGCUGCCUCCUUGGCAAAUGGCCUGCGCCUCAACCGCUCGCUGCUUUCCCUGUCGCUGGCCCACAACCGCAUUGGAGAUGAGGGAGCCCUGCAGCUUGCAGAGGUUCUCGCUCCAUUCGCCCUCACUCACACUGAGGUCGUGGAGAGGCGGCGGCUUCUGCUGGAAAAGGAGUACCAGGAGCGAUGUCGAAUGCCCCAGCGGCACUCAGAUGUCAAGAGCGACCGUCCUUCCAGCCACAUGAGCAACACAACGCUGGAGAAGCUGCAGCCUGCCAAGGCCGGCAAAGUCACCACCAAGAAGAAAGAACCCGCCAAGAAGGAGGAGAAAGGGCAGGGGAGUGGCGGGGCAGCCACACAGGUUGGAGGAGCAGCUCAGGCCAAGAAGGAGGAGGUCAAGCAAGCCAAAAAAGCCGUUCCUGCCCCGGAACAGAAGGCAGCUCGCGGUAAAGGAACAAAGUCAGGCAACAAAGACAAACGGACCCAAGUCACAGAAGUGGAGGCGAUGGAGCCCACAGAAAUCGUGAACCCGCUCCUGGAACAAGCCGAGCACAGAGACGGGAAGGUCUUCCUGCCGGGAAAUCGUGUCCUUAUCUACAUGAACCUCCUCCGCAACCAAAUCACGGAGCGGGGCUUGCGGGCUUUUCUGGCGGCCGUAGAGCAGCAGGCGUGCAAAGGGCCCAGCGGAGGGAAGGGGCCGUCGGGCCUCCUGCGGCUCUCCCUGGGGAAAAACAACUUCCCCUUGGACAGCAAGGUCUUUGCCCGGAUCCAAGAGCUAAUGAUGCCGCGCGACCCCCUUCCGAGGCCAGCCAAGGCGGCCGAAGAGGAUCAGACUGUUGCUGUGUAGCGCCCACCAGACAGAAUGCCCCCCACCCCCACCCCACCCCCUUCCUGCCAGCUCUGCCUUUGGACCCUGCUUUAGCCCCCGGCCUGAAAGAGGGCAAAGCAGGACUCCCAGGACUGAGAAAAGCGCCAAUAAACAAGAGGCUGCGUCAGAA